AUGGGGGCGUAUCUGUCAGCAGCAGACUCCUCGAAGGAGACGACCAGCGGCGUCUGCACGUCGAUGAAUCUCCGGUGGAGCACGUGCAGCAUGCAAGGCUGGCGAGUGAGCAUGGAGGAUUCCCACUUGGUGCUCUACGCGAAAACCUUCCCGCGCCUGACGCAGACUUCCCUCCCGUCCUCCGAGAAGACGCAAAUCGACUUGGGCGCGACGUCGUCGGCAGGCGCGAAUCCUCUCGACCUGGGAGAAGGCCCCGGAGACGCCUCUCCGGUCCGAGCGAGCUCCAGGGCCUCUCAGGCGUCGCACCCGCGAAGCGCCUCGGCGGAGGCCCCCGGCGGGGCAAGUGUCUCCGCGGUGUCUCCGGCACCGUGGCCGUCCGGCUCUAGCGCCCUAUCUGUGGGGCCCGACGAGGAGAUCUACUUCCAGUGGGGCGAGACCUCGAUGGUGAAGCGUCUGAGCCGCUCCCAGAGACGCGCGGGAGGCACGGUGGGAGGCAUUCCCGUGGGGGCGGUUGGCGGUCUCGCUCCGGAGAGCGACGCCGUCGAGGGCGAGGAGAAGCUCGAGUCGGCUCUCGGGAAAGGCGACGAAGAGAAGCCGAAGAGCGCGAGCCUGCGCGGAGGACUCUCCGCGCGCAGGGCCUUCCGGAGGAGACGGCGAUCGUCCGCGGGGGCGCCGGAGGAAAAGGCGAACGAGGACGAAGACGAAACCCCCGAAGAUGUCGAAAGCGGCGAUGUGAAACUCGCGCUCUUCGCCGUCUUCGAUGGACACGGAGGCGCACAUGUCGCAAGAUUUGCGGCUGAGCAUCUGCCGCAAGCGCUUCUCGCCCAGGAGGGCUUCCGGAAGGGUCAUUACGGGGCAGCGCUUCGGGGCGCGUACCUCGACGUCGACGACGAUUUGCGCGAAACUGCGUCCCAAGAGGAGCUGCAUUUCCUUGCGCACCACCCCACCGCGCACAUGCUCAGACUGGAACAGAACGCCCUCGUCGUCGGCUCUGGCGCGCCUCCCUCGAGCGUGCUCGCGUCUUCUUCCUCGCGCAGAUUCACGCGCCUCUCUGGGAGCGGCUACGUGGCCAGGGCCCUCUCCCUCGGCGGCUUGGCAGCUGACGACAAAGACGAGUCUGGCGCCGGCGCCGCUUCGGGACUGCCCACAGCGGAGACUUCUGCGGGACCAGGAGGCUCGGAGGGCCCUGUCGCCACGGGCGCGGGCGUGGAGCCCCACGAGCCGGAGCCCAGAGGCAACAUGGAGGCCGUUGGGCUCGCCGAGAUUUCAGAGGAGGCCGAAGGCGGAACGGAGGCCGGCGAGGCGGCAGCGGCCGACGCAGAACGGAGAACUGCGCCGCGUGCGGCGAGUGGAGGCGGCGAAGAGACGGACGGGGCCCGAACAGUCGGCGCUCCGGCGCCGAGAGAGGAAGCGAAGGAGUCCUCGGAGACAGGUACGGAGGCGGGCGGCGCGUCUUUGGGCGGAGCGAAAACGGGGCGAGGGAAAGAGCCGUUCGAGUCCGAGAGCUCCGAUGACUUCUUCGUUCCGAAACCGAGGAGCCCGCUGGCGGCAAGUGUCCCCAACGCCGACGACUCCCCGCGUCGCGCGCCGCUCUUCCUGCCGCUCUUUGAAGUGCCCUCGCGCGACGGGCGAGACGCGCCUGCCUGUCCGCGAGACAGGAGCGACUCGAGAGCCUCAGAGGCCUUCUCCGCGGAGCUCGAGGCUGCAGCGAGUCCCGACGCUGCAGCCAGUCCCGACGCUGCAGCCAGUCCCGACGCUGCAGCCUUCCCACCCCCGCAAAUGAUCGCCGCCCGAGAAGGCUCUGUCUCUCCCGAUUGCAGCAACGCUUCGUCCAGCGGUCCCGGCUGUAAAGAAGCUGCUCAGGGCGCGUCUGCGCCGCAGGGCGCAGCCGCGGCUUCGUCCGGGACUGGACGAGGCAAGAGCUUGAGAGCCUCGCUCGCGGGCUUCCUCGACGGCGUGCGAAACACGUUGAAUGUGGGGAAACUCUUCUCGAAAGCUGUCGGCGGAGGCACGACGCAGAAUCCUUUGAAGUCCCUCGCCAGCCUCGCAGGGUGCACAGCCGUCACAGUGCUCGUCACGCCGUCGUGGAUCAUCGUCGGGAAUGUCGGAGAUUCGCGGUGCGUGCUGUGUCGAGGCGAAGAGGCUGUGGAGCUGUCAAGAGAUCACAAACCUCAGCUCCCGGAAGAACGGAUUCGCAUCUACGCAGCGGGGGGUUACUUGGAGAUGGGGCGCGUUAACGGCAACUUGAACCUCAGCCGCGCGCUCGGCGACCUCGUUUACAAACAAGACACAACUUUGCCCCCCGAGAAGCAAAUUGUCUCCGCCGUCCCCGAUGUCGUCAGUGUGCACAGAGACCCUAGAGACGAGUUCCUUAUCAUUGGAUGCGACGGCAUCUGGGAACUGCUGAGCUCUCAGGAGGUAGUCGACUUCAUUCGGAAACGCAUCGAGGACACGUCCGAUUUGUCUCAGAUUCUGCAAGACCUGCUGGACAGUUUGCUGUCUCCGAAUCCCGCGGUUUUUGAGUAUGGCUGCGACAACAUGACGGCGAUUCUGGUGGACUUAAAACCGCACACGCGAAACUACCGAUCUGCUUCUCUCGAUUUCGGCUCUCAUGCGUCUUUGCAGAGAGCAGGGACUUCGACUGUUUCUCUUCUCCACGCGUCGUCCUCGCGGCUGAAGGAAACGGAUCCAUCUUCGCCGGCACGCGUCGCGUCAGUCGCUGGGGCGCAGCGCGCACCCCCGCCGGCGCCUUCUGACCCGUCCUCUUCUUCCCCGGUUUUGGAGAGCGAAGAGCGCGACGAGCUGCCACGCUUGCCGAAGCAGACGCUGCGAGUGCGUGUCGACGACGGAGAAGAAAGCACGGUGCGUUGCAGUGCCGAAUUGAGGGGAGAAAAGACGGAAGAGGGCGAAGAGCGAAGGCCAGAAGAAGAGGAGAAAGCCGAAGUUCAGGGAGAGACGCCGGUGUCUCCGGCGACGGCGAGAGAAGAGAAAGACGGCGCUGCGUAG